GAUUGGUUGAGAGCAGGCAGCACACACUCCCUGUCUCUGAGUCAGCUUGGCUGCCACAGCUGGAGUCAUCUGCUGAUUACCCACUGGGGCUGGGAGAGACACACGCCACGUAAAGAUCUAUAUUCACACUUUCGUUGCAACUACAAGUGGGAACUGGUGAUCUUGGGGAUGGAGAGGUGGAGGAGGGAGGAGGGGCUGGUUUCGGAAUGGGAGAUGUCUUUGGGGGUGUGGUCACUUUCGAUGUCACAGUGGGCGGAGCUUCGGAAGUAAGGUAAAAA